CCAACAGCUUGUUCUCUGUAUCUUACUGCCCUGCCUUUGUUUGCUGAAGUAUUCAAGCAAUCUGACAAACUCUUCCACAUCACUAAAUGACAACUGGAAGGUCGGAAGACUGCAGUUUGACGACCACUCACAAGGCUGUAAAAGGCUCUUCUGGCAUGCAAUCAAGGUUCCUUCUAAAGGAAAAUGACAAGUAAGUCAGUGACCAGUAAUGUGACCAAUAAAAAUGACCCCAAGUCCAUCAACUCCAGAGUCUUCAUUGGUAACCUAAACACAGCCGUUGUGAAGAAAGCAGAUGUGGAGGCCAUCUUUGGGAAGUACGGCAAGAUAGUUGGGUGCUCUGUGCACAAAGGAUACGCUUUUGUGCAGUACGUGUUCGAACGGAAUGCCAGAGCAGCGGUGGCAGGGGAGCACAACAGGAUAGUGGCUGGGCAGCCAUUGGACUGCUUCCCACCACGCAUCCGCCUCCAGCCAGGGGGCAGAGAUGCUCUGGACUGGCGGCACCUCUAUCGUCUUCAGUGCCACUCUGCAAUCAGCUGGCGGGACCUGCGACUUGAGCAGGAUAUCAACAUGGCCGGGGAGCCCAAACCAUAUCGACCCAAAGCAGGACAGAAACGACCUGUCAGCGCAUUGUAUGGAAGUGGCUAUGAGUUUGACUACGACUAUUACAGAGACGGUUUCUAUGACAGGAUGUAUGACUACCACAGAGUCCCCCCACCAAGUCGGGCAGUGCCUACAGUCAAACGCCAGCGCGUCAUGGUUCCCGUACCCCGCAGAAGCAAAAGCAACUUCCCUGCCAAGAGCGGCCCACGGGCAAUGACUGCUCCCACUCCAAUGUCUGGCACCAAAUUGAAAGCCGAUGAUCUACAGACAAUAAAGAAGGAGCUCACCCAGAUAAAGAUCCACAUCGACGGCUUGCUGAACAGCUUGGAGCGGAUGGAGAAACAGCGCAAAGCUCCGACUGAGCUAAAGGCUGAGGUCACCGCAACGCCAAACCGUAGCUCUGGUGAGGAGACGGCAGACAUCGCAGACGAUGCCACAGCUGACGAACAGACUGAGGGGGAGACACUGGAUGGCGGGGAGCUGGAAGGAGAUGAGAUUCUUGAGGAGGGUGAGGGCGUGGAGGAUGACUUCGACGAGGAAGGCACAGAUGACCUGAUGAAUAACCACACUCCGAAAACACCCGAUACACAGUAGAAACAGCCCUUGUGAGCAGCAGGGUUCAGUGAAUAACUGAUGGCAGAGACACCAGACAACAGACAAGACAAGGAGUGAAGAGGCAGUUGUAGCUUUCAUCGAAUCAACACCUGGCAGAGUUUGGGGAUUCCUCUGGACAGUUUGGUGUCCAGUCACCUUUGGCUUCGGUGUGUACAAUGCCUUUUGCUGACAACUCUGUCACCUUGCUUUUUGGAUCUCACCAGUGCUUGGGACGACUGACCUCCCACUUGUAUUAUAGCUGUAAAUUCUUUUCCCAUUCCUUGUGGGUUUUUUUCAAUAACAUUUGUUCCCAAUUCAUAAGAUUCUGGGAACAUUUUCAGAAGUUGGUGUGAAGAGCGAAUGUAAUGCUUUUAGGAAAACUGGACGUUUUUAACUGUCUUGUUUUUGUUUACCUUUGAACAACACCUUCUCUGUGUGUUCAGUGCUGACGUACAAAACACGGAAGUCUUUAGUAACACAAAACUGAGAGAGUGCUGCCUUGUCAAAGGUGCUGUUUUGUUUUCAGAUUAGAUGAUAACCCCAAAGGUUUCCCUGCCCAAUCAGUGAGAAAUAUGACAAAUCCUGUGGAACAACUGGAUUGGCUGUAGGAGGGAGGUCACUCUAGUUUCCUACCCAAUGUUUAACCCUCAACUGAUCUCAUUUAAUGGAUAAAGAGUCUGCAGAUGCUGGAAUCUGGAGCAACAAACAACAGAACAUGGAACAUAGAACAAUACAGCACAGUGCUGGCCUUUCAGCCCAUCAUGUUGUGCUGACCCUUUAACCUAUUCUCAGAUCAAUCUAAACCUUCCCCCGCACAUAGCCCUCCAUUUUUAUAUCAUCCAUAUGCUUAUCUAAGUGUUUUUUGAAUGUAUCUGCUCUACCACCUCCACGCACCCACCACUCUCUAUGUGAAAAAAAAUUUACCCCUGACAUCCACCCUAUACUUUCUUCCAAUCACCUUGAAAUUAUGCCCCUCAUAUUUGUCAUUUCCACCCUGGGAAAAAGUAUCUGGCUGUCCACUGAUUUUAUGCCUCUUAUCAUCUUUUUUUCAAGUCACCUCUCACUCUUCUUCACUCCAGAGUAAAAAGCCCAAGAUUGCUCAACCUACCCCCAAAAGACAUGCUCUCCAAUUCAGGCAGCAAGCUGGUAAAUCUCCCCUGCAGCCUCUCUGAAUCUUUCACAGCCUUCCUACAAUGAGGUGACCAGAACUGAACAGCAUAUUCCAGGUGUGGCCUAACCAGUGUUUUACAGAGCUGCAACAUUACCUCGAGUCUGGAGGAAUUCUAAGGGUUGAGCAGCAUCUGUGGGAGGAAGGAAUGGUUGACAUUUCAAGUCCUGAUGCAGGGUUUCAACCCAAUUGACAAUUCCUUCCCUGCACAGAUGCUGCUCGAACCAGAGCUCCUCCAGCAGAUUCAGUAAAAUAACUGGCUACUUAUCUCACUACUUGCACCGCACUAUCUGAGUGCCCCAUUUCUUGCUUUACAGAUUUAUCUUGGAAUAUAUUUCAUUUUCUGUAGAGACAUCGGGCAUCCCAAAAUGCUGUUUAAGUGCAGGUUUAUUUUUUUAAUUUUAUGAUUAAUGACACUGCUGGAUUUCAUUCUGGCUGCUUAGCUUGGUGUGCAGUUAGUGCUUGGCAGCAUUGUUCAGAGAGAGAAUGAGAAGUUUGCCACAUUAACCACGAUGCCAAGGAGGAAGGGAGCCUGCACCAAAUUGCCCUCAGUACCCACAGCCCUCUCUGUCUAGGUUUAGGGAAGAAGCAUAAUUAGUCACAGAUCCGUGGCCAUUCACUUCAUAAACCCAUUUCCCAACUAAUUUCCCUGUAACCUUUUUUUCAUCCUACAUAGCCAUAGCACCACUCGCAACCCCCACCCCCCGACACCUAAAUUCUCCUAUUGCCCACCCACCUACGGAUGAGAUGUGGUUUACACUGGAUAGUUAAUUGCCCACUCAUAGCGAAAUGUCAUGGAAACAGGCCCUUCAACCCAGCUGACCAAGAUUCGUAUCUAAACAAGUCCCAUUUGACUGGAUCUGGCCCAUAUCCCUCUGAACUCUUCCUAUCCAUGUACCUUUUGAAUAUUGUUAACGUACAGUAUCUGUCUCAACCACUUCUUCUGGCAGCUCAUUCAUAUAUGAACCACCCUCUGGUGGAAAAGCUGCCCUCAGGUACCUGUUAUGGCUCUACCCCUGUCACUUUAAACCUAUGCCCCCCCAGUUCUUGAUUCCCAAACCCUGGAUAUCCCUGUACAUGCUCCUCAUGAUUUUAUAGACAAUCUCUAACAUCACCCACUCAUCUCCUAUGCUCAGAUGAAAACAGUCCCAACCUGCUCAACCGCUGGGUCUGCUAUCUGCCCUCGAGUCCCGGAAACAUCUUUGUAAAUUUCCUCGGCACUCUCUCCAGCUUAAUGACAUUCAAGUGACCAAGACGGAAUGCAGUAGUCUGACAAUAAACCGCAGCACCCAAAGGAAUCACAGAUGGUUGCAGAUGAAAUGACCAAACUCCAGGCCAUUAUUGCACCUGGCAGUGUAAGGCAGCAGCACUACCCUCUGCACCACAGGACCACAUGCCUUGUUGGAGUUGCCCAUGAACUAUGGGUGGAGAGAUCUUGGAAGACCCGCCAUUGACACUUGGUAAUGGGCUCAAGGCAUCAGAGAAGAAAAUGGCAGGCAGUAGAGGGAGGAGGCUGAAGACAGGAGGGGCCAUUCAGCCUCUCGUAGCUGUUCCACUCCACCACUGGAUCAUCCUCAACCUGUACCUCAGCUCCGUUUAACCACCUAGCCUCCAUAUUCAACAAAAAAGUCAUUUAAAUUUGUACAUUUCCAGUGCUUUUGGAGGAGAGAAUUUCAAGUUUCCACUUGGCUUUAUAAACAUCAUCCCAAUUGGCCUCACUGUAAAUGAAAAAAUAGACUCCCUUCCUUUCUGGUUUCCCAGUAGCCAACCACUUUAAUGUCAAUCUCCAUUCCACUCUGACAUGUCAAUUCACGGCCUCCUCUACUGUCACAAUGAGUCCACUCUCAGGUUAGAGGAGCAACACCUUAUAUUCCAUCUGGAUAGCCUCCGAACUGAUGACAUGAACAUCGAUUUCUCUAACCUCUGGUAAUUGUUCCCUCUCUUCUCACUUCUUCCAUUCCCCCUUGGCUCUGAUCUUACUUCUUCUCCACACCUGCCUAGCACCUCCCCUUGGUGCUACCAUGAUCAACACUCCUCUCCUAUCAGAUUCCUUCUUCCUCAGCUCUUUACCUUUUCUAAAUAGCGCCUUCCAACUUCUCACUUCAACCUCCAUCACCCACCGACCUAAUUUUCUUGUCUGGCCUCACCUAUCAUCAGCUUCCCCUCGCCCGACCUUCUUCUAGUUCGUCCCUCGUCCUUUCCAGUCCUGAUGAAGGCUCUCUGCCCCAAACAUCAAUUGUUUAUUCCUUUCCAUAGAUGCAGAGUUCCUCCCGCAUUUUGUACGUAUUACACUAAAUGUUAAAGUUAUAGGUCAUUUAAGAUAUUAUCAUGUUUGCUGAGGCCUCCGGAGACGCAAGAGAUUCUGCAGAUGCUGGAAAUCUUGAGUAACACUCACAAAGUGCUGGAGGAACUCAACAGGUCAGUCAGCAGCUGUAUGGAGGGAAAUCAAUUGUUGACGUUUUGGGCCAAGACUCUUCGUCAGGCCUCAUAACAAAGAGUCAGGGUCCGAACCAUUGACUUUUUAUUUCCCUCUAUGGAUGCUGUCUGACCUGCUGAGUUUCUCAAGCAUUUUAUGUGUAUCACUGAGGCCUUUUUUUUCAGCAAUACCUUUUUGAGGUUAUCUCCAAACAAAUUGACCUGUGGCUUUCAUCUGUAAAGUGGGAUAAUGGAAUAGAAUAAUGUUACUGUGUGUCUAAGCACAAUCCUCUUCUUGCCUAUAGUCACCUGAAUGGUGAUGCCAUGCAAGAAGAGAGGGUUUGGGAACACGUGUUUUAUGUGUGUUUAAAUGUAAAGGAAUGUUCAGUGUUGCCUCCUCUUAGUUCAUCAUUUUAAUUUUGAAGCACUUGUUUCAGCUUGUGGCAAUUCAUCUCUUUCCUUCUCCUCUUCUCCUGCACCCCUCCCAUGCCCUCACUUUGUGAGAUGGUGAGAUCAUUGAGGUAUACCCUCGUACAAGAUGCUUCAGCUUCAGUUUUGGCUCUCACAAUGAAUAUUCGGGAUGUAGGAACAUUCGGAUUAUGGGAAUAUGUUGACCAAAUGGAGAUCCUUCAACUAUUUUCAUGAUAAUGUUCAGAAAAAAUAACUGCUUGAAAAAAAAAUCACUAUAC